AUGCCUGGAGGCUGGAGAAGGAAGCCUCCCAGUUCUAACAGCCACCGAACACCUUGUCUUUUUCCCUCAGAUGCUCAUAUUCUGAGCUUCCUACCUCUGUCAGAUCAGAAAGAGGCCUCCCUCGUGAGUCGGGCUUGGUACUAUGCAGCCCAGAAUGCCCUUCGGGAGACAAAUGUGCAGUACAACAUUCCUGUAUCUUCUGCCUCCAUCUUGGCCAUCAAGAACUUGGGCCUUUGGGGCAUCUAGUGCCUGACCAACCUUGAUGGCUCAUCAGCCUCUCACCAGCUACUGGAGUCUGUCACUCGUCACUUAGGCCCACACCUGGAGAGCUUAUGCCUGGGUGGGGGCAGCCCCACGGAGGCAUCCUUUGUGGCCCUGAUCCUGGGAUGCCCAGUCCUGCGCACCCUUGAUCUCAGUGGCUGCAACAGUCUCUUCACAUCAGGCACUCUGCUGGCUAAGCCUGAGACAGCACAGUGUAGCCGAAAGGCAUUGAGUGGCCUUCGUGACCUUAACCUGGCUGGCCUACGGGCUGACCUCAGCUUCAACCAUCUCAGUGGCUGUGUCCCCAGCUUGGAGUGCCUCUCUUUGGCUUAUUGCCGCCUCAGCUUUGAGUUAGGCCCAACCCAGAGCCUUAUCGGCCUUCAGGUAUCCUCUCAGCUUUCUUUCAGCAACCUACUGCAAUUUGUUAAGGAGCAAGCUGGCAGGCUGCGUGCUCUAGACCUCAGUGACACUAGCUUGCCACCUGAGGCCCUACAGGCUCUGGGCCAAGUCACUGGGCUACAGCUAGAAGAGCUGAACUUGCACAGCUGCAGAGACCUAUCCACAGAGGCUGUGGCCACCUUGUGCUGCCAGCAGCCAGGUCUUACCUCCCUGGACUGCAGUGGCUGCUUAGAACUGACUGAUGGGGCACUCUUGGCUGUGAGUCGAGGCCUACGACACCUGUGACGCCUGAGCCUGGGGAAAUUGCAGUGACAGACUGAUGCAGGGUGUACAGCCCUGGGGAGCCUACAGGAAUUUCAGAGUCUGGACAUGGCUGAGUGCUGUCUGAUAAGCGGUCAGGAACUGGCCCAGGUCCUGGGCUCAGUUCACAGAGCUCCAUCCCAACUGACCUCCCUCAAGCGGGCUUAUUGCUCUUCACUGAAGGAUGCCUCGGUGCUCUCCAUGAUCCCAGCACUGGGCCCAAAUCUCAAGGUGCUAGACUUGUCCUCCUGUGUGGUCCUCACUAACCAGACCAUGCAGGCCAUCUGCACUUACCUCACCCACCUCUCAGUCCUGCGCCUAGCUUGGUGCAAGGAGCUCCAGGACUGGGGGCUUCUGGGACUGGAGGAGCCAACUGAGGAGUCUGCACUAGGACCCCAGCUACAACCAGAGCUGGAACAUCAGACCCCAAGCCCUCAGGAGCCCAAUCCUGAGGUACGAGGCCCCUCUCUGCUCAUGCUUCAGGCCCUUCAGGAGUUGGACCUCACAGCCUGCAGCAAGCUGACUGAUGCCAGUUUGGCCAAGCUAAGGGUACUCCAGUUCCCUCAGCUGAGGCAGUUGUCAUUGAGCCUGUUGCCAGCACUCACAAGCAUGGGCUUGAUAACUGUGGCCAGGGGCUGCCCUAGCCUGGAGCACUUGGUCCUGAGUCACUGCAGUCACCUCAGUGAUGAGGGCUGGGCCCAGGCAGCCAGGCCCUGGCCGAGGCUGCAGCACCUCAACCCGUCCAGUUGUAGUCAGCUCACAGAGCAAACUCUGGAUACCAUUGGGUAGGCAUGCAAGCAACUCCGGGUGUUGGAUGUGGCCAUGUGUCCUGGUAUCAACAUGGCAGCUGUCAGGCACUUUCAAGCACAGCUGCCUCAGGUGACCUGCAUCCAGUCCCAAUUUGUGGGAGGGGCUGACCUGAUCCUAACGCUUUCAGGCCAGGUCAGUAACUAUCCCUCGAGCUCUGCUUCCUUCACCAAUGUAGCCCCAGACCAGCCCUCUGAAUCUGAAGUUUGCCCCAGUGCCUUUUGCCUCCCCCUGCUACAGAACCCUUUUCAUAGAUUCAAGAUAGUACCAAUCCAGGGCAUGUCCAGCCCUAGUGUGCCCCACAGCUAG